AUGGCGGCCAUAACGCCAGAACAACACCGCCAAAAUGAGCCGCCUGGACACGGUGGCAGAUCCAUCAGAGACGCUAGCUCGUUUCCUAAAGUGCUGUUUGUUCUCAGUGAUGAAGUCAGCACCACAUCCCUCUUUAAAGGGGACGCAAAUCUGCCUAAUGGUUGUUCUGGCUGA